AUGAUACGAAUCUGGUGUGUAAAUACAGACACGCAUAUACGGACCCUUGAGGGCCCCAACGACCAUAGCGGCGCAGUAGGCUUCAUAGCUUUCUCGCAAGAUUCGACUCUCGUGGCCUCUGCUUCGAACGACAAGAUGUUAAUCUGGCGUGUGAAUGCGGGCGAGUACACGCAGAUCCUUGAAAGCCCCGAAGGCCCGAGCGGUGCAGUGAGCACAAUAGCCUUCUCACACGACUCAACUCUCGUGGUCUCGGGCUCUACUAACGGGAUAGUACAGAUUUGGUGUGUGGAUAUGGGAAAGUGUAAGCAAUCUGUCACGGGCCAUAGUAGCUGGAUAACCUCGGCUGCCUUCUCAUGCGAUUCAAUACUCAUGACCUCAGCCUCCAACGGUAAGAUGAUGCGGAUAUGCAGCGUUGGAGACCGGCGAAUGCAGGGAGGAAAUCAGCGUUGGCAUUACAACAGAUGUUUUGUCAUAUGCAGCAGAUAUUACGCGUUUACUGACUACUCACGGCAUUUUUACUAUACGUGA